AUGAGCCGCACGAGUCUCGGCGUCAUCACCGGUCUCAUCACGACAAAUAUGAGAGAUCUCGAUACGCACAGAGAGACCUUCACGUGCUCCGUUAAGCUCGGAGUUUUCGUUGCGAAGCUCGACCAGAUCCUGCGAGGUCGUACCAAAUAUCCCAUCCCAGACCAAUCCACGGUUACCUUCUACCGCGAUGGUGUUCGAUUGAAUCCGUUCAGCGAGUUUGACGAAGGCUCCUCGAACGUCUGGUAUCGAGUAACAUCCGGCUCGAGGGAGGAUACUUCCAUCAAGGUCACUCAGUGGGAUGAGUUCCAAGGCUGGGUCUUAAAAAAUGACCUCAAAGACGAGCUUGCUAGGGAUAUCGAGGCCGGAAAGACAGUGGGCGAUUUGCGAGCCAAGAUUGCGACGAGACUUGGCAUCGAUGACCCCAAUCGGAUAGUCCUCAAUGCCAUGAGAGCCGUUCACGUCUGCCCAGAGCAGAAAUACUUCGUCUUCAGGGGCUUCAACCGGGACUACAUCUGCCAUCCAGAGCAGCCAAGAGAUCACCAUACUGAGGUAGCAUACAUCAAAAAUAUCAUUGCGAACAUAUUGAGGAACGUUCAUUCGACUCGGAACAGCAAGAUAUCACUGAGAGCGAAUGAGAUCAAUGUGAUAUAUGGGAACAGAAUAAAGAAGAGCACCUCAAGGAUUCCAUGGGGAGGUACCAUCAAGUUCACCAUACCAGAAGACGUCGCUUCACAAUUCGAAGCCGACGAGACGUGGCUCUUACCCGUGACCGAGAUGUGCACAGUAUGCGGUGACGAUAAGAAAGUUACCGAAAUGCCACAGCAGAUCACAGCGGGUUGCGAGCAUAAGGUUACGAUAUGCAAGGGCUGCCUGCAACAGUGGAUACAGUCAAGCAUGGACACUUCAGAAUGGGAUAGGCUCAAAUGCCCUGAGUGCCCCCAAUACCUCCAAUUUGACAACGUGAAGAAAUACGCCUCGAAGGAGGUGUUCAGCAGAUAUGAUAAACUCGCCACACGAGCAGCCGUCAAAGACAUUCAAAACUUCAGGUGGUGCCUUGCAACAGGCUCGAGAGACGAGAAGGCGUCCGAGAAGGUGAUCAAGGAAACCUCAAAGAAAUGCCCCAAGUGCAACAAGGACGUGCACAAGUAUACGGGCUGCAACCACAUCACUUGCGCACCACCACCAUUAUUUGCUCGCCGUAAUGCCCGACAAUUCGAUGUUCCUCCUCCUCCGCCGCCGCCACCCCCGGAUAUUCGUGCUCAUGUAGCCGAGCCAGAAAUCGAAGACCCGGUAGACAACGACAAUGAUAACAUCGGUAACAUCGGUAACAACGACCACCGAGCUCGAGGCCCAGCACCGCCGGUUGCACCGCCACCACCCCGCUUCGCUGGUACGCCUCACCGCGUGCAAGAAGAGAUGGAGUUUCAACGACGUCGACGAGACAUGGCGGCGAUUAGAGACGCCGCCCUGUUCGGUGCCACGGCUGCUGCUCAAUUCGCUCAUGCUAGGAGAGCUGCUGGCCCUAACAACAUGAAUCGACCGCAACGCGCCUUCACAGCAGAGGAGAAUCUAGACUUGGCCCCUGGCCAAAUUGGAGAAGCGCUGCUGGCAAUAGUAGAACGGCUUCGUGUCUAA